AGCAGCGGUGACGUCAGCAGGUGUUGGGGGAGGAGGUGCUGCAUCGUCUGCGUCUGUCUCCGUCUCUCCGUUUGUCUCCUCUUCGGUCCGGAUCGAUCGUCCAGAACCAGCCGUCCAGAGCCGCAGACUGACGUCAUGUCCGGAUCCAAGGAGGACCGUAAAGGCUCCGGAGAGUGGCGGGAAUUCUUCUGGAACCCGCGGACCCACGAACUGCUGGGGAGGACGGCCUCCAGCUGGGGCCUCAUCCUUCUCUUCUACCUGAUCUUCUACCUGUUCCUGGCUGGGAUGUUUGCUCUCACCAUGUACAUCAUGCUGCUGACACUGGACGACUACAAGCCCACCUGGCAGGACCGCCUGGCCACCCCAGGGAUGAUGAUUCGUCCUAAAGGAGACCAGCUGGAGAUCACCUUCUCCGUGUCCAGCACUGAGAGCUGGGACGGCCUGGUCACCAACCUCAACUCCUUCCUGUCUCCCUACAAUGACAGCUAUCAGGUCCAGACCAACGAUAACUGUCCUCCUGAUCAGUACUUCAUCCAGGAGGACAGCGGAGAGGUGAGGAACAACCCCAAGCGUUCCUGUCAGUUCAACAGGACCGUGCUGGAGGACUGUUCUGGGAUUUCAGAUCGUUUCUAUGGUUACAACAGAGGUCAGCCCUGCAUCCUCAUCAAACUCAACCGGGUAAUUGGGAUGUUACCAGGGAAGGACGGUCAGUCUCCAUACGUCACCUGUGGAGCCAAGAGAGAAGACAGCGAUAAGAUCGGACCUCUGGCGUAUUAUCCUCCCAACGGAACCUUCAACCUCAUGUACUACCCGUACUACGGCAAGAGAGCUCAGGUAACCCAGAACACCAAACUCACCUUUAGAACAUCAGCUUCCAGUUCUAAGACGACACGAAAACAACCAUCCAUGUUUAGGAGAACAACCAUCCAUGUUUAUGAGAACAACCAUCCAUGUUUAGGAGAACAACCAUCCAGGUUUAGGAGAACAACCAUCCAUGUUUAGGAGAACAACCAUCCAUGUUUAGGAGAACAACCAUCCAUGUUUAGGAGAACAACCAUCCAUGUUUAGGAGAACAGCCAUCCAUGUUUAGGAGAACAACCAUCCAUGUUUAGGAGAACAACCAUCCAUGUUUAGGAGAACAACCAUCCAUGUUUAGGAGAACAGCCAUCCAGGUUUAGGAGAACAACCAUCCAUGUUUAGGAGAACAACCAUCCAUGUUUAGGAGAACAACCAUCCAUGUUUAGGAGAACAACCAUCCAUAUUCAGGAGAACAACCAUCCAUGUUUAGGAGAACAACCAUCCAUGUUCAGGAGAACAACCAUCCAUGUUCAGGAGAACAACCAUCCAGGUUUAGGAGAACAACCAUACAGAUUGUAAAACCACAAAAUUCCAGUUGUAGGACUACAAAGUUCCAUAUUUAGAACUACAAAGUUCCAGUUUUAGGACUACACAGUUCCAAUUUUAGGACUAAAAUUUCCAGAUUUAGAACUACAAAGUUCCACAUUUCGGACUACAACAUUCCAGUUUUAGGACUACAAAAUUCCAGUUUUAGGGCUACAAAGUUCCACAUUUAGAACUACAAAAUUCCAGAUUUAGGACUACAACAUUCCAGUUUUAGGACUACAAAAUUCCAGAUUUAGGACUAAAAAAUUCCAGUUUUAGGACAACAAAGUUCCAGAUUUAGGACUACACAGUUCCAGUUUUAGGACUACAAAGUUCCAGUUUUAGGACUACAAAGUUCCACAUUUAGAACUACAAAGUUCCAGGUUGUAGGACUACAAAGUUCCAGGUUGUAGGACUACAAAGUUCCAGGUUGUAGGACUACAAAGUUCCAGGUUGUAGGACUACAAAGUUCCAGGUUGUCUGACUCCAGACUCUGAUGUUUCAGGUGAACUACACUCAGCCGCUGGUGGCCGUGAAGUUCCUGAACGCCUCCAUGAACACAGACAUCAACGUGGAGUGUAAAGUCACCUCCAACACUCUGGCCGACGGCAGCGAGAGGGACAAGUUCGCUGGACGGGUUUCCUUCAAACUUCGAAUCAACGACAAAUAGACACACCUGUCUGCACACCUGUGUCAGGUUCAAGCUGCACUCUUCCAGAUGUUUCCUCAGCCUCACUGCGACCAGCUGUGUUUCUGUUUCUAGUUCAACCACUUUUGUUUUUAUUUUCAGUGUUUUUCCCGAUAUGAUCCUUCGUUAGUGCAGCUUUAACUCAAACACACCGACCAAUCAGCACGCACACAUGCUCUGAUGUCACUGCCACUGAGGACGGACAGCGGUCUUCACCUGCAUCGUCCAUCGAUGUGCAUGAGUCAAGAACCAAAUUAUCAAUCACACACGUCUGUUUGUUUGUUUAUUUAUUUAUUUAUUUAUAUGUCGAUUUUUUCUUCCUUUAUGAUGUUAAAAUUGUUACAUAUCAAGAGAUAAAUGCUCAGAAACUACAAGCCAUGGAAACCAGUUUAGAAACCAGUUUCAAAACCGGUUCAGAGCCCGGUUCAGUAACCGGUCUGUCUCUGGGGCCAUGCUAGACUCGUCUCCUGGUUUGUUGCCAUGGAAGCAGCAGAGUCCACAGCCAAUCAGAGUGGAGCUUCACUGACCUACAGCAUAUCUUCUGUACUUCCUGCUUUGACCUAUGUGGCUGCAGCUGAUUGGCCCGUUAGUUAAUUAGAUGAUUAGUGAAAAGACAGUGAGUUUAGAACGAGUUAGUUAACGAUAGGAAGUCAUUAGUUCUUACACGUUUUUUGUUUGCUAUUCAUUUGUUUACAUGUUUGUUUUUGUUUACGAAUGUCACCAUGGGGAUGAGCAUGACAACAACACACACACCGUCUCCUCGACUGUCAGUCACCCCGUCGUGCCACGUGGAAAUGCCCCUCCCUCCCGUGCUGCUUUCCACCAAUCGUCUUCCUUUAAAGAGGGACCAGCCAAUCAGGAGGUCCCACUGUAUGAUGUCAUAUGCUGUUACUUGUUUGUGACUGGUUGACUUCUCCUGCCUGAAAAUGUCCUCUUGUCCAAUAAUGAUGAAAAACAAAUAAAUAAAGAAAAUACAACCAA